AUGGAUUUACCCGAGCUAAUCAAUUGUUCUGAUGAUGAUGAUGAAGGUGAAUUCGUUGAUUAUUGCUACAAUACUUUAGAUUCAUAUGCUUCUACCCUUUCAAUACAUACGCUUAAUGACUAUAAUGAGUCUGGGUUCCAGAAUUAUCAAGAUGAAAAUAGUGCUAUGAGUAACAACAGGAAUGAUUUUACAGUUAGUGACAGUUGCAAGAAAGGUUAUCAAAGCUAUAACAAAAUAUUUGGUAAGAAUAAAAUAGGGUCUAACUUAUCAAGUGUCAUUUCCCUUUUAAAUUUCCAAGCCAGUAAGAUAUCAGACCAGAGACAGUGUAUAACAACUAAAUGGAACCUUGGUUUUAAUCCAACCAUUCAAAAAUUUCAAUUUCUAGUCACAGAACUAUUUGACAUUGACUCAAGUGGAUUCGAAUUUAUCACUAUUUCUGUGAAAUUGCCAAGAAAUGAUCCCAAGAAAUGGCAUCACUACAUUUCACAUUCAUCGUACCAACACAUAAUGGCAAGCUUUCAUUUCCGCAAUUUAUCCACUUUGCAACGCUUAAAUAAUAAUAUUGUAUCGCAUGAGAAAGAGUGUAUUUUAACACAGGUAUGGCUAUUAGACGGAACAGAGAAGGAAGUAUCAACAGCCGUACAUAGGUUAGAUUCCUUAGUGUUGGCGUAA